AGUCUUACUCUGUUGCCCUGGCUGGAGUGCAGAGGCAAGAUGCCUGCUCACUGCAACCUCUGCCUCCAGCGUUCAGGUGAUUCUCUAGCUUCAGCCUCCUGAGUAGCUAGGACUAUAGGUGCAUGCCACUAAGCCCGGCUGAUUUUUUUUAUUUUUAGUGGAGAUGGGGUUUCACUGUAUUAGCCAGGGUGGUCUCGAUCUCCAGACCUCAUGAUCCACCCGUCGUCUCAGCCUCCCAAAGUACUGGGAUUACAGGUGUAAGCCACCUUGCCUGGCCAGAAUCAGGGUUCUAAUGUGAGAUGCUGAGACCUCUGGGGAGAGGCACCUCUGCUGUCAGCUGCUGUUAGAUGUAGGAGUUGGGUCAUGGAUUUAUUUUUUGGGUUUGCCUUUGGUUUUGUUAUUUGAGACUGAGUUUCAGGCUGGAGUGCAGUGGCACUCUCAGCUCACUGCAGUCUCCACUUCCUGGUUUCAAUCGAUUGUCCAGCCUCAGCCUCCCCAGUAGCUGGGAUUACAGGUACCUGCUGCCACACCCAGCUAAUUAUUUUAGUAAGACAGUGUUUCACCAUAUUGACCAGGCUAGUCUCAAACUCCUGACCUCAAGCGAUCCACCUGCCUCAACCUCUCAAAUCCUCAUGCUGGGAUUAUGAGCAUGAGCCACCAUGCCUUGCUGGGUGAUGGUUUUAAAGAACGCACGGCUUGGUGGGUCACCCGAGGUCAGGAGUUCAAGACCAGUCUGACCAUCAUGGGGAAACCAUGUCCCUACUAAAAAUAUAAAAUUAGCCGGGCGUGGUGGCACAUGCCUGUAAUCCCAGCUACUUGGGAGGCUAAGGCAGGAGAAUCACUUGAAGCUGGGAGGCAGAGGUUGUGGUGAGCCGAAGCCUGGACAACAGAGCGAAACUGUCUCAAAGAAAAGAAUGCAUGGCUCUCACCUGAGAACUUAGGGUGCUAAGCUUUAAUUAGACUUUUCCAUGGUUGCAACAAACUGCGUUUUCUAAAGCUCUCUUCCUGGACUGGGCAGGCUUCUUGGGCAGGAGUGAAACUUCCUCAUUUGCUCCAAGAGUGCUGCUUUCUGGGCUAGGAAGCCGCUGAGACUAGCAGGUGGCUGGACUUCUGCUGCUAGUUCUGUCAGCUGACUUUUCCCCUGGGAAUCCCCGGCAGGCCUCCUUCCCCAUCUGGGUGGCCACAGUCAGGCAGUCCCCACUCCUCGACAGGACUCUGCCGCCCCCAGGCCUGUCCACCCUCUGUGCUGCAACCCCCAGUGUAUUCCCUGAAAAGGCCGUCAUCCGGUGCAGAGCUGGUGGCAGAUAUAAUCUUGGUCUACUGGAGCCCAUGUCCUAGGGCAGGUGAUGGGCAGGAGGGUGAUAGACUGCCAGAAACCCCUAAGGUGACCCCUAAGCAUGGACGUGAUGGGAGUGAGCCUCCGGGUUCUGGGGCAGGCACAUCCAGGAGGGACAUAGUGGAGGUAUUACAUUUGGAGCUGGGGGCCCUGAGGGCCCGGGAGGUUGUGGAUGGUCAGGGCCAAGUUCUGUUCCGAUGGAGUGGUCACCUGGCAGGUCUGAGUUCAUGAGUUUGGAAGUAGCCCAAUGUGAAGCUACGAAAAACUGCAAAAUGGACUUGUUUCCCUCUGGGGUAGGCCUUGAGGGAUCCUUGGUUGACAGGGACAGCCAGGCUGGAGCCGAUUAGACUUGGGUCCCAAAUAACCUGGAUCCACUCUGCCAGCUCCUGGGCUAUCCCUCUGGCAGCCCAGUGAUGUUUUAAAGCCUGAGGUCCCCACCUCAUGACAGGCUGGGGAUGGGAGAUGCUUCCCACAAAGGCAGACCUAGCCCUGAAUGCAAACGGUGGGAGGGGCUUGUUGAGUUCAACUGAGCUUCCCUCAAAUGAGGCAGGGGACGAUUUCAUGGUUUUGAGUCAUUAAGCUCUGCUCUUCUGUGCUCUCUGGGGACAAAGGUGGGGGCCCCUGGAGCCCUCUGCGGGCUGGCAGCGUGCUUCCUGCACCCAGCGCCAGCCCGCCCUGGGGAGGGGCUGAGCCCGCCCUGCUGAUAAAGCAGAGAGGCAAGGGCUGACCUGAAGGAAGCUCCAAAGAGAAAGGAGGGCAGGAAGCCCACGGCCCGCAGGGGAGUACCCGAGACCCGCCGGCAGCUCUUGCCAGGAAAGGGCACCACGGAGCUCCUCUGUCCACCUUGCCUCCUUUCCCGCUCUCUGUAGAAGCAGCCGAAGCCAUGGCGGGGAUGAAGACUGCCUCCGGGGACUACAUCGACUCUUCCUGGGAGCUGCGGGUGUUUGUGGGAGAGGAGGACCCAGAGGCCGAGUCCGUCACCCUGCGGGUCACUGGGGAGUCGCACGUCGGCGGGGUGCUCCUGAAGAUCGUGGAGAAGAUCAAUCGCAAGCAGGACUGGUCAGACCAUGCCAUUUGGUGGGAACAGAAGAGACAGUGGCUGCUGCAGACCCACUGGACACUGGACAAGUAUGGGAUCCUGGCGGAUGCCCGCCUCUUCUUCGGACCCCAGCACCGGCCUGUCAUCCUUCGGCUGCCCAACCGCCGCGCGCUGCGUCUCCGCGCCAGCUUCUCCCAGCCGCUCUUCCAGGCCGUGGCUGCCAUCUGCCGCCUCCUCAGCAUCCGGCACCCCGAGGAGCUGUCCCUGCUUCGGGCUCCUGAGAAGAAGGAGAAGAAGAAGAAAGAGAAGGAGCUGGAGGAAGAGGUCUAUGAUUUGAGCAAGGUCGUCCUUGCUGGGGGCGUGGCGCCUGCACUGUUCAGGGGGAUGCCAGCUCACUUCUCAGACAGUGCCCAGACUGAGGCCUGCUACCACAUGCUGAGCCGGCCCCAGCCGCCACCUGACCCCCUCCUGCUCCAGCGCCUGCCACGGCCCAGCUCCCUGUCCGACAAGACCCAGCUGCACAGCAGGUGGCUGGAUUCGUCGCGGUGUCUCAUGCAGCAGGGCGUCAAGGCGGGGGACGUGCUCUGGCUGCGCUUCAAGUACUACAGCUUCUUCGACUUGGAUCCCAAGACAGACCCUGUGCGGCUGACACAGCUGUAUGAGCAGGCCCGGUGGGACCUGCUGCUGGAAGAGAUUGACUGCACGGAGGAGGAGAUGAUGGUGUUUGCCGCCCUGCAGUACCACAUCAGCAAGCUGUCCCAGAGCGGGGAGGUGGGGGAGCCGGCUGGCACAGACCCAGGGCUGGAUGACCUGGAUGCGGCCCUGAGCAACCUGGAGGUGAAGCUGGAGGGGUCGGCGCCCACAGACGUGCUGGACAGCCUCACCACCAUCCCAGAGCUCAAGGACCAUCUCCGAAUCUUCCGGCCCCGGAAGCUGACCCUGAAGGGCUACCGCCAGCACUGGGUGGUGUUCAAGGAGACCACACUGUCCUACUACAAGAACCAGGACGAGGCCCCGGGUGACCCCAUCCAGCAGCUCAACCUCAAAGGCUGUGAGGUGGUCCCUGAUGUUAAUGUCUCUGGCCAGAAGUUCUGCAUUAAACUCCUAGUGCCCUCCCCUGAGGGCAUGAGUGAGAUCUACCUUCGGUGCCAGGAUGAGCAGCAAUAUGCCCAUUGGAUGGCCGGCUGCCGCUUGGCCUCCAAGGGCCGAACCAUGGCCGACAGUAGCUAUACCAGCGAGGUGCAGGCCAUCCUGGCCUUCCUCAGCCUGCAGCGCACGGGCGGCGGGGGCCCGGGCAACCACCCCCAGGGCCCUGAUGCCUCUACCGAGGGCCUCAACCCCUAUGGCCUGGUGGCCCCCCGUUUCCAGCGAAAGUUUAAGGCCAAGCAGCUCACCCCACGGAUCCUGGAAGCCCACCAGAAUGUGGCCCAGCUGUCACUGGCAGAGGCCCAGCUUCGCUUCAUCCAGGCCUGGCAGUCCUUGCCCGACUUCGGCAUCUCCUACGUCAUGGUCAGGUUCAAGGGCAGCAGGAAAGACGAGAUCUUGGGCAUCGCCAACAACCGACUGAUCCGAAUCGACUUGGCUGUGGGCGACGUGGUCAAGACCUGGCGCUUCAGCAACAUGCGCCAGUGGAACGUCAACUGGGACAUCCGGCAGGUAGGCCCAGACCAAGGGCAGGGAUGGGGGGAAGGUGCCAGGCCGGAGCUGGAUCCAGCCAGGGUGGGACAGUGGUGCUCCAUUAUCCCACCCCCCAUUCGCCCCUCUGACUGUCCCCUCUUCAGGUGGCCAUUGAGUUUGAUGAGCACAUCAAUGUGGCCUUUAGCUGUGUGUCUGCCAGCUGCCGGAUUGUGCACGAGUACAUUGGGGGCUACAUUUUCCUGUCGACCCGGGAGCGGGCCCGGGGGGAGGAGCUGGAUGAAGACCUCUUCCUGCAGCUCACAGGAGGCCAUGAGGCCUUCUAAGGGCCGUCUGACUGCCCCUACCCUGCUCACCACCUGUCACAGCCACUCCCAAGCCCACACCCACUGGGACUCACUGCUCCACACCUGCUCCAGGCAGGCACCCAGCUGGGCAUAUUCAUCCGCUGUCACUGGCUUUCUGCAGGCCAGCGACCUGGCUGGGCCAGACACUGCCAUCACCCAGGCUAGGGCUAGGGGUGGGGGUCCCCGAGCUCAUGCAGUGCCCCCUUUCCUUGUCUGAGUGGCUGAUGCUGAUACCCCUGACCUAUCUGCAGUCCCCCCGCACACAGGGAAGACCAGAAGAUGUAGCUAUGGGAUGAUGAAGCAUGGUUUUGAACUGGAGUUUCUUUCUUGUUACUUUUUAAAAUUUCUUUUUCAUAAAUUAAUAUUUUAUUGUUGGAUCCUC